AUUUCCUGCUCUAGCAUCGUCUGUAAUGUACUCAUCAAAGAAAAUGUAGUGGGUGCAUUUGAAUAUUUUCCGGAAUUGUGAGGCCGUGAGGGAAGAAAACAAAGCAUCCGGCUUCAAGAUUCGGUGCCCGCCUUAACAUACCAUAAGGGCAUGAACACUAGAACCUCCUCAGCGUAAACACCAGAACUUCCUAUCAAAUCAUCUCACCUGCUCCCAAAGGACCUUCCUUUCGGCUUCAAUCCGCUCUAGCUGGUAGGUUUUGUGGGUGCUUCUGCAUACCCAAGUGCCUGUCCGAUUGCUGGUUGGUCUGUAUUUAUUCAUAACAUGGAAGGUAUUAUCGUUAGGAGGGUCAUUCCCUCGGAUAAUAGUUGCCUUUUCAAUGCUGUUGGUUAUGUCAUGGAUCAUGACAAGAACAAGGCUCCUGAGUUGAGACAGGUUUUAUAUCAUCUCAUUUUUCUUGAUGCUAUUUUUGGUUUAUGUCAUUCUGGAACUUUUUCAUUUCCUUUCUAUUCUCAAUAAUUAGAGAUGCUAUUUAGGCUUUAUUCUAUGACAGCAAAUGGAAUUUAAAAUUUCAAUUUUGACAAGGUAGAAUGCAUGGCUCAAUCAUUCUAGUUGUGAUAUAUUACCAGAUUGGUUGUCCAAAAAAUAUGGCUUCACAUUGGUUCUUGAUACAUAACAAGAGCCUCUUAAGGUUUGACCUUCAAGCUUCAAGCCACAAAAUUUAUGUGCAUUGAUAACUGUUGAUGAUACAUAUUAAUUUUUCCUUUUUCCGUGUGCUAUCUUAUAUUCUUUACAUUUCAGUGGUCCAUGAUUUUUGUGCAGGUUAUAGCUGUGACAGUGGCAAGUGAUCCAACAAAGUAUUCUGAGGCAUUUCUUGGGAAGCCAAAUGAAGAGUAUUGUGCUUGGAUUCUUGACUCUGAGAAGUGGGGAGGUGCCAUCGAACUUUCCAUCUUAGCAGACUAUUAUGGACGUGAAAUUGCAGCAUAUGAUAUUCAGACAACACGAUGUGACUUGUACGGUCAGGGAAAUAAUUAUUCUGAAAGGGUUAUGCUGAUCUAUGAUGGGCUCCACUAUGAUGCUUUAGCUAUGUCUCCAUUUGAGGGAGCUCCAGAGGAGUUUGACCAGACCAUAUUUGCUGUAAGGAAGGACAGAACAAUUGGACCAGUUGAACGGCUUGUACUUAAUCUUGCCAGGGACCAACAAAGGAAGAGGAGAUACACUGACACCUCCAACUUCACUCUGCGUUGUGGGGUGUGCCAGAUUGGAGUGGUCGGCCAGAAGGAGGCUAUGGAGCAUGCACAAGCCACUGGCCAUGUCAACUUUCAAGAAUAUAGAUGAUUGAAACUGUUGAAGUGGAAGAUGAUUAAUAUGGAACAGAUGGCGUUUGCUUUUCAUUUCAGUGUAUCAUAUUGGAUUGUUGAAGAACCAAUAAAGCACUCAUUUUGUCAAUGAGAACUGUUGUUAUAUAAUGUGUGUUUUCCUAAAUGUUAGUUUUAUGUUAUGCCAUAAUGUAUCAAUUAGGAACGCAAGAGUGAAAUUGCAGAUUUCAUGGAAAAUUCCUCUUUUAAAUACCCCAAUUUUUUGCCUGUGUGUGAAAUUUCUUUUUCCAAUUGCUUUGAUAAAAAAGACAACAAUUU